AUGGCAAUAUUCUGUGAUCGGCCACACUUACAUGUUGAUACUGCUGGUCAAGCUCCAUUUCCUCCUUACAUGCUGGACGAAGAUGAAAAAAAACGGUUAUUGGAAUGUGUGAAACACGCUGUUAAAUUCCCAGACGGAUAUGCUUCAGACUUAGCUAAUUGUGUUGAUUUAGAGAACAACAAAUUUUCUGGCAUGAAGAGUCAUGACUGCCAUGUUUUUAUGGAGCGGCUACUUCCAUUUAUAUUUUCAGAACUCCUAGACCAAAACGUCCAUCUUGCGCUAUCAGCGGUUGGUGUAUUUUUCCGAGACCUUUGCUCGAGAACCUUACAGAAAAAUCACGUCCAAAUGCUUAAACGGAAUAUUGUUUUGAUCAUCUGCAAUUUGGAGAAGAUUUUUCCACCAUCGUUUUUCGACGUCAUGCAGCACUUGCCUAUACAUCUCCCCUACGAAGCUGAACUAGGAGGACCUGUGCAAUAUAGGUGGAUGUAUGUUUUUGAAAGGAAUUUCAAAAAAUUGAAAGCGAAAGCAAAGAACAAAAGAUUUGCGGCCGGCUCGAUUGUUGAAUCAUAUAUCAACGAUGAGAUAGCUUACUUCUCAGAGCACUACUUUGUUGACCAUAUACAAACGAAAUCAUGGUUCACAAGAUUUCAUGAAGGUGAAGUUCCCGUAUAUCAUGUUCCUGGAGUGCCAGAUAUAUUUACACAUGUAGGUCGUCCAAGUGGAGAAAUGCAAGAAAUAUGGCUUUCCGAGAAAGACUACAGAUGCGCACAUGCAUAUGUUUUACGAAAUUGUGAUUAUUUUCAUCCAUUUGAGAGGAUGUUUGAAGAUUUCCUUACUGCCAAAUAUGCAGACCUCUCUGAAAAAGACCUCUCUGCGAAGAGAGCUGACGAAUAUCAAAUAUGGGUGAAAGAUUAUAAGCAUGGCGAGGGAAGAAAGACAUGUAACUACGGUGUGAGUGUUAAAGGGGAGAGCUACACAAAUGCUUCUGAUGAAGCUGAUUACUACGGGAUCUUGACUGAUAUCAUACAAAUUCAGUAUGAGGGGUCGGUCGAUUUGAAAAUCACACUUUUUAAGUGUAAGUGGUAUGAUCCGUUAGUUGGUAGAGGCACUCGGCGGAGCAAUGGUGGCAUCGUCGAUGUUCUUUCAUCGAGGAAAUACCAUAAAUACGAACCAUUUAUUCUAGCAUCUCAAGCAGAUCAUGUUUGUUAUAUCCCGUAUCCGUACGUUAAGAAACCAAAGCAUUUGUGGCUCAAUGUUUUGAAAGUGAAUCCGAGGGGAAUCAUUUCUGGAGAAUAUGAAAAUAAAGAACCGACAUUGUUGCAACAAGUAAAUGAUGAUGCUGUUUUAAUGACUACGGUUGAAGAUCUAGCAGUUGAUCAUUUGGUUUAUGCUCGGGUACAACCUAUAAAUCUCGAUGUUGAUGUGGAAGAUGUUGAACAAGAUGAUGAAUUUCAAUGUAAUAUAUCGUCAUCCGACGAAGAUGGAGAAGUACCCUACUAA